AUGAGAAGUAAAUCAAGAGUUAAGUGGGUAAUAGAGGGUGGAGCAAAUACUGCUUUGUUUCAUGCAAACUUAAGAAUUAGAAAAUCACAAAACAACAUAAAUGAAUUGGAGAAUGCAGAUGGAAAUCUAGUUACAACCCAAGACCAAAUUGUUGAUACUCUUGUAUCAUAUUAUCAGAAGAAGUUUGAAGAGAAGCAAGUUGAUUUUGUGGAUGAACUCUUUGAGGAAAUACCAAAAUUUUUAACUGAUGAGGAUAACAUGUUUUUGGAUGCUAUUCCUAGUCAAGAGGAAAUUAAGGAUGCAGUUUUUGGAAUGGAUGCAAACAGUGCUCCUGGGCCUGAUGGAUUCCCUGGCAGUUUCUAUAGAUUUGCAUGGGCUGGAAAUGUAGGGAUCAAAGUUGAUAUUUCACAAGCAUAUGACACAUUGAGUUGGAGGUUUUUGUUUGAGGUACCGAGAAGAUUUGGUUUUUCUGAAAUUGGUAUUCAAUGGCUUAAGAAGAUCUUUGAGUCUGCAAGAAUUUUUGUUCUUAUAAAUGGUGGACCAUGUGGUUUCUUUGGAGUAGGGAGGGUACUGAGACAAGGUGACCCUUUGUCACCAAUCAUGUUUGUUCUAGAAGUGGAAGUUUUAAGCAGAAAUAUUUCAAAGUUGGUACAAGUGAGUAAGCUUCAACCAAUGGUGAAUAGGGGUGGAUGGCAACCAACUCAUUUGAUGUUUGCAGAUGACAUUUUUAUUUUCUGCAAUGGCCACAAAAAAACUUUAGAAAACUUAACUGAACUGCUGUAUAAAUAUCAAAUUUCAUCAGGUCAAGAAGUGAAUAAGGCUAAAAGCAAAUGCUUUGUGGGGGGUGUAUCAACUUUAAGACAAAACAACAUUGCAGAGAAAAUGCAGAUGGAACUAUCUUCUUUCCAAGAUAAGUACUUGGGGGUCAUUCUUACUCAAGGAAUAGUCAAGCGACACCAAGUAUGGGGGAUUGUUAAAAUGAUGCAAAAAAUGUUAGCUGGAUGGAUGGGGAAGUUACUAGCUUUUUCUGCAAGAUUAACUUUGGUGAUCCCUUCAGUGAAGAAAUUAGUGACUGUUAAGUGGGAUGAAGUUAAUUCUCCAGUGGAAGAGGGAGGAUUAGGCUUGAGAAUACUUGAAGUUAUAAAUAAAGCUUUACUAAUGAAGUUACUCUGGAAAAUUGAGAAUGAAGAUGUGGAGUGGACUUUGUUUAUGAGAUCCAAAUACAAAGACAAGAAUGGUGAAUGGAUUAAAUAUCAUAAACAUUCUACAAUUUGGCCUGGACUUAAAUGGGUUAUUUCUGAGGUACAAGAAGGGAGCAGAUGGAUUGUGGGUGAUGGGGAAAAUAUAUCAGUAUGGAGAGACAAAUGGAUAAAAGACUAUGCUCUGAUUGAAAGACAUCUUGUGGAUGAAUAUAUUAUGCAAAAUGGCACAAUGAGAGUAAAGGAUUUAAUUCACAAUGGUGAAUGGUGUGUCCCUGCAAAAUUGUUACAGUAUUUUGAUGCUAGUGAAUUACCAGUUUUAAUGGGUGGAAAAGAUAGGAAAAUUUGGGCCAAGGACAAAAUAGGUAACUUUACUGUGUCAAAUGCUGCUCAAAUGAUCAGGAAGAAGUAUUUUAUCAAAGCUUGGGCUCACCAGGUAUGGCAACCUUGUAUUCACCCUUACACAUCUACAAACUUAUGGAAGAUAUUAAGAGGUUCCUGUGCAACUGAGGAAUCAGUAAGAAAGAAAGGAUUUUCAACAGUUUCUAAAUGUUAUUUGUGUGGCAAGGCUCAGGACACAAUGGAGCAUAUUCUGUGGCAUUGUGAAUUUAGUGAAAAUGUUUGGCACUGGCUGUGUGGAAUUUUCCAUUGUUCUUGUCCUCAAAGCUUUGAUGAGAUUUUGAAUUUUACAAAAGGUAAAAGUCCAGCCGUUAAAGAAGUAUGGUUCAUAUGUGCCUUCAAUGUUAUGGUAGAUUGUGGUUUACAAGAAAUUAUGUGA